AUGCUUGUCCAACGCCUCGGCCUGCACGCACGUCCCACUGCAGCUUGGAGGACAGCGGCUCGGGCGUCCCGUCUGUACGCGACGACGCGCCCGCUCCCCUCGGCCCACGAUCAGCCCGUGCGCGGCCAGGAGCCGCCUCUCCCGACCGAGGCGACGCCACAGGACCCAACCGUGCCGCCGAUGUAUCCUAACGCCCCGUCCGUGCGCGGCGAGCAGCCACCCCUCCCAACGGACGAGGAUAGCCCCUCCGCUAUACCCACAACUCCGCGCCCCGCCUUUGGCGGUGUGCCACCAGCGCCCCGCUCGCUCGAGGCUGCCCCCGUCAAUCCCGCCAUCGCGGACCCCGUCGCUCACCCCACGCUGAUCCCGGCUCGUCCGGUGCCGCAGGCCAUGCCCGCCGCACACGACGCAACGUGGGGCCAGGAGUCACCGUUCCCAACCCCAGCGACGGCGCAGCAGACAUCCUACCCCAUCACGCCGCCCCAGCCACCGCGCGGACAGGAGCCCCCCCUCCCAGGAGAGGCCGUGCAGGCGCCCUUUACAGCUCCUCCGGUUGCGCCAGUCCGCCAGGAGCCGCCGCCUCCUCCACCCCGUGUCGAGCCGGUUUACCAACCGCCGCCCCCACCACCCAAGAAGCGUACCUUUGCAAAACUGUUCCUCACUUUCGUCCUCGGCGGCGUUCUAGGCGCGGCGUACGUCCCGUGGUACAGGAGUGUGCAGCAGGACACGCGAGCUCUCGAAGCGAUCCUUAUCGAGCGCGAGCGGGCCGGUGAAAAGUACAUCGAGGGGCGGAACGAGCACGGGCAGUACAUACUCAAGCCGAACCCGGCGACAUCAAAACCGCUGCUCUUGCGGGUUUCUGACUGCCACACCAUGCUCCGCCUUCCCCCUCGCGCCACCGCCCCUCGCGCCGCCCUCGUCGCCACCCGCGGCUUCGCCGCACGUCCCCCGCCACCAACCCCCUCCCAUGAACCGCCACAGCCACCGCGCCCUAACUCCCAGCCUCCGCCGCAGCACGCUUUCGGACAGCCUGCAAGUGCACCGUUCGAGCCGCACAACCAGCCUGUUGGGGGACCGGGCGCCCAGAUCCCUAGCAACCCCAACACGCGCUCGCGCCCGUUCAUGAUGGUCGGCUUGCUCACCCUUGCCUUUGGCGUGGCGUACUUUAUUCCGUGGGAGAGGAGCGUCAAGAAGCAGGCAAAGGAGAUGGUACCGGUUGUGAGGGAGAAUCGUGCACCGACGGCGGACGACAAGCGGUAA